UUCGUGUAAUUGAAUUGAUUGAGUUAACAACGUGUGAAAAGUUAUUUCGCAAUUCAGUGUGUAAUUAUUAAAAAAAUAGAUAUUUAAUAAAGAUUUGCAAUUGCAAAAUUAUUAGCAAUCUUUUAAACUCGGCGAAAACCCAAAAAUUUUCGCAUUUCACCAGUAAGUGAAAGGCAGUGACGCACCGUGACGAACGACCUUGCGAAGUUCGAUAGCGAAGUGAAAUACUUCGUUCUAGGUAAAUUAUUUUACUAGUAUUUUUUUCAAAAAUUUACAAAAACCAAACUUUGACAUUGAGGCAAAUACGCUUAAUAAAACAUUUAUGUGCAGUAGACUAAAGCUGAAAUAAUUGCUUCAAAUUCAUACUUGUUAUUGAAAAAUUUCGCGUUAACGCCCCUCUUCGACGCGGAGGUGGUUCAGCUGGUCGAUACGAAAAUUACAUACUUUUGUGUUAACCAUUUCUGUCAAGUGAAUUGAAUAAGACGGUUCGGUUCGUUAUCUGAUAGGUAAGGGACAGAGACAGAAUUUAUUAGCAACUUGAAAUUUGCGUUUAAUCAUGAAAUUUGUUGCAACAACAAAGGAUCAACUAAAACAACUAAGUAAAAAGCAUUAUUCAUUGAAUUACAUCGAAGCUGAGCAAGAAGAAUCGAAACGUAUAAAUAAUUUACACGCGGUCAACUUUGGAACAUUGAACAACGUGAAUUUGUGUGGUGCAGUGAAAUUUGCGAAAGUAAAAAAUCAAAAGCAACAAAACAAUAUAAACGAAUAUAAAAAGUUUUCUACUAUUUAUAAAAAUUGGAAGAAUCAAAACUUUUAUAUAGCUACGUCUUGAUUAAGUGCGCCCUUAGAAAAUUUACUAUCGUCAAAAAUAAUUUUAAAAUAAAAUCUGACAAAAUCUAUCAAUCUAUCUUUGAAAAUUAACACACAAAAAUAAUAAAAUAAUAGAAUAAAAAAUUGAAUAAACGCUCUUGGACAAAAAAGGCAACAAAUUUAAGUACACAAAAAUAAGUAAAGAUAAAUAAAGAAAAAUAGAAAAUCUUACAAAUUUAUAAAUAAUCAGAGCAUAAGAACAACGCGCUAAUACACCUCGUGUGGAGCUGUCAAAUCCUUUUUAAAAAAGACAAAACUCAACUCUGAAUAGUCAGUAGUUUAUUGUAUUCGCUACAGCUAAUAAAGGGCUACAUUUAAAGUAUCUAAAAGCGUGUAAACAAGCAACAAACAACAUAGAAGAGGCUAGUACAACAGACUCAAGCAAAAACUCUUAUACACGUAUAUCCUUGUCAGCGCAUCCGGCAUUUCAGUUUAGUUCCGCAUCAACAGUGUCAAUUUUAACACACAAGAAGCGGUAUUUGCUUAAAAGUACGACGGGUAUUUUAGCAGGUAACACGUUAGCUAUCAGCUCGACAACGGCUUCAUUGUGCUCAUACAAAAUUUCCGCUACUUCGCCUAAAUCCAAACGCAAAACGUCUAACAAAGACAAGAAAAUGCCGCGACGCAACAAAAAGGGAGGCAAAGGCCGCAACGGUGACUCCAAUUCUGAGGACGAGUCAUUCAACGAUAAUGCCAGCGUAUAUUCCUACGUCUCUGAAAAUGCGCCCUCAUCCGUCAAUGACAUCGAUGAGUUGUCGUCCAAUGAACGUUUCGAGGAGAAAUUCAUGCAAGCACUCGAAAAUGCAACUGAAAAGUCAGCACAGACACGUACCACAGCUCUACAGAAUAUCUGUGAAAUACUAAUGCAUCGCUAUAUGCCCGAUUUUGUUGAAGAUCGCAAAGUGACGCUGAUCGAUUGCGUUGAAAAGUCCAUUAGACGUGGCAAAGGUGCCGAACAAUCGUGUGCUGCACGUCUAGCACCGCUGGUGGUACUACAAUUGGGUGGUGAUGUUGAGAUCUCUAAGGAAUUGAAUCAGUGUCUAUUGACUACCGUACAAGAUAAGGCUGUUUCAUUUGAUGCGCGCGCCAAAUGCUGUACUGCUUUGGGUCUGCUGAAUUUCCUCGGUGGCGAAGAUAUUGGUGAACUCAUCACUUUGAUGCAAUUCUUGGAAGGUAUUUUCAGUGGCAGCUAUUUACGUGGUGAUGAUAAGAGUCCAGUGUCUGUAACUGCUGAGGCUGGCACACUACAUGCCGAAGCGCUAUCCGCUUGGGGAUUGCUAUUGACGCUCAUACCAUCUGGUGAUUUCGUCUCACUAAUGACCAAUGGUCAGCCGAUGUUACCUUCGGUCAAGAAAUUAAUGGGUCUUUUGCAAUCACCACAUUUGGAUGUACGUAUAGCAGCUGGUGAAACUUUUGCGCUUAUACUCGAAUGUGGUCGUGCUCAUGAUAAGGACUUUUUAGAAGAAUAUUUGGGUGAUUUGAUUGAAGCUGUUAAACAGCUAGCUACUGAUUCGCAUAAAUAUCGCGCUAAGCGUGAUCGUAAAGCCCAGCGUGCAACAUUCCGUGAUGUGCUACACUAUCUAGAGGAGGAUACAUCACCUGAAAUCAGCAUACGCUUCGGCACCGAAAGCCUUGUAUUGGACUCCUGGGCCAUACAUCAUCAAUAUUCGGCGCUGUGCACAGUUAUGGGUCCUGGCAUGACAUCACAGUUGCAAGAAAACGAUUUUAUACGUGACAUCUUUCAGUUGGGCGCCAAACUUGUCGACGAUGGACAUGGCAAAGUCAAACAGUCGAAAUUGGAGCGUCACCUAAUGAAUGCCGCCGCCUUCAAAGCACGCACAAUAACGCGUGGCAAGAAUCGUGACAAACGUUGCAGUUAUAAUUACUAAACCAACACAAUUGAUACGGAAGCAGGGAAUGAAGGAUUAAACACGCUUAAACUAAGUAAACAAAUAUUUUGAGUGACGCAUACAUUUGCGUCGCACCAUAGAACAGAGAUCGGCAGACCGACUAACAGCUUAGUUAAAACAGUGGCGCAUGACGCUGAAGUGCUGGAAAACUAGUUGUUCAUGCGCAUUGUGCAGCGGGUGAAGAAUGUAUACUUUUAAAUGCAACAACUUGGCGAGUGGCCCGAAGACGUAUGCAUAUAGUACGAUGUUGUUUACGGCACUACUUCCAUUGUUGUUGUCCUUUAAUGAAUUGUAUUUUUCAUUAUUGCAUGCCAAUAGAAAUGCGACCAAUUUUCCAGUUAGUGUAUGUGUAUGUGCGCCACUCUAUUUUCACAAAAAAAAAAAAAAAAAAAAACGUUUCGAAGCUUUGCUGAAUUUUGUGUACUUUUCUUUUGUGCUCAACGCUCUCUCGCUGGAUUUAAUGCAACGAAUUCGUGUACACAAUAUUUAUGCAAAUCUUAUAAUUAACAUAAAUUUAUGUAGCAGUUUGACGAUAUGAAAUUAUGAUUAAAUUGAUAAAAAGCAAAAAAAAAA